AGUUGCUCUCAGCUUAAAAAUAGUAGUGCAUGUGUAUUAAAGGGAUCAAAAAGUAGCAUAGACAAACAACCUCUCUCACUAAAGCGAUAUCUAAGCCUCUCCAUUUGUGAAGCUCACUUCGCUCCCUCCCACUGCUCGAGGGGAAAAAUAGCCAUUGGUAAAAUACAGCGAGAAUUCGCGUGUGUUUUUCAUUCUUGAAAGUAGAUUUUCUGUCUUCGUAUUUUUUUAAUUCAAGAUCAAUGGGGAUCGAAACUUGGAAGACAUUUCCAAAGAUUCUCACCGAGUAUCCCCGUCAUGGUGUUCCACUGCCAUGCUCAGACCAAAACCCGCGGUUGAAGUGUUCGGAGACUCGGUGGGCCCGUGACUUUUGUCUCGCGCAGGGUGGCAACUGUGAGUACAAGAUUGAGGCUCACUUCGACUGCCUUGCGCAAUACUACCCAGCUGAGCGGGUGGAAGAACUAAGAAAGGCGUUUAAGCCAAACACACUAGACUACCCGACCUCAGACACGUAUCUGCGCUACCGACAUUUUUAUAUUGGUGCACCUUGGGCCUCCAAGAAUAGUUUUGAGGGAACACGCUAAGGUAAGAGAAGCCAUCAACAAGAAAGCCAAGAGACACCAAGUUAUACAGGGUUGAUGUUUUUUUCUUUUCCUAAACUCAUCAAUCAAUCAUAGUGUCGAGAUAGGGUUUUAUGGUGAAGGAUGUCCUCGUAAAUGGUAGAUUUGUUUUCCUUUUAUUGAUCGUCACCGCUCCGUUUAGGAAAGACUAGAAUUUUAGGUCACAUAGGGUGCCUACGGCUUACAUAGUAUAUGGGUAACAAUAGGAUGGGGUAUGGUAUAAGUAAAAUAAAUGCGACAAGAGUGUAGGCGUACCGUAGAAUGAUAUCGAUUUGUGCUCAACUUUUGUCGCAUAUAUAUGUAGGUGAAUAUUUAUUGAUAUUUAGCGGAGUGUUUUUUUAGACUGAUUGCAUGAAGAAGGUCCGUAUUGGAAAUACCAAAGA